AUGCAGUUUCCUUCUUUUAUUCGCGACCCAGCUGUUGCAGUUGUGGGUGAAAAGUGCUAUGUUUCAUUAGUAGAAAACUUGAAUAUCAAAGACAUUGACUGCAUUAAAUAUGCUAUCAGCAAAGGGCUUGGUUUGGGUAUCGUUCUUGGUGGUUCUAUUGUCAAAGUGCCUCAGAUCUUAACUAUCCUUAGAAACAAGUCAGCUCAAGGUCUGUCACUUACCAGUUACUUGUUGGAAACAUUGUCUUAUUUCAUCACAUUAUCCUAUAAUUUGCGCCAGGGAAAUCCUUUCAGUACUUUUGGUGAAAUUAUGUUUAUUUGCAUUCAAAAUAUUAUGAUCACUAGCCUUAUUUUCUACUUUGGUCGUCAACAAGGUCAAUUAUUAGCUGUACUUGUCGGAUUGGCAGGUUUGUUCUAUACUUUGAAUGAUAACACACUUGUAUCGCCUGUUUUGAUGAGUAGCCUUUAUGCUGCCACCAUUCCUCUCAGUUUAGCCAGUAAGGUACCUCAAAUUUAUACCAAUUUUAAGAACAAAUCCACUGGCCAAUUAUCUGUCUUCACUGUUGUUAAUUACUUUGCUGGCAGCGCUGCACGUGUCUUUACUACCAUGACAGAAUUGGAUGAUACACUCAUGCUGUUUGGAAAUCUGUUGGCCACUACUUUUAAUGCUAUCUUAGUCUUGCAAGUGGUUCUUUACUGGGGCAACAAGGUUCAACAUAAGCCUAUUAGUAAAUUGGAUUAG